GUAGAGUAUCAAUUCCCAUAUGGUAUGACCCGGUUUCCAAUGACGCGUCGUGACUCUUCACAAACUGCAAACCAUUACACAAAACGGUCGUCAAGGGAUGAGAUCAUCUAGCUUCUCCAUCCAACCAAUCGCGGUAUGGCACCGGAAAUUUCGCAAUCUCUCUCUCUGUCUCGAAACCACCUUACCCAGCACUAUCAUAAUAUUAAUAUUGGGUUUAUAACACUUUGUCGCCAACCUACUUUCACAGUACAAUGAAUGAAUUCGGAUAUAUCGGUAGUACGCUCCGACUGUCUUGUAAGGAAUUACUACUAUAAUAGCAUUGUAUAUACUAUAUUUAGAUUUUAUUUCGUGGUGAUAUUCAUUAAGACUUGCCACUGACAGGAAAUAGGAGUACCUAUGUUCUGGAAUGUGUCCAAAGUUAACAUUUCAUGAUCUGAUUGGGUGCAGUUCUCGUAAGAUGUCCACAGAGAGUGACAAAUGUAGCAUCAGAAAAUCAAGUUCGCUCACCUCAAGCAUCAGACGCAAACUCUCGGGAAGGAAGAAAAAGACAUCCACCGCGUCCAGCGGCUCUCAUUCAAGUAUUGAUGACAGUUUAUCGUCACCAGUCAUGACUUCGUUCGAAAACUUGGACACCAAGGAUGAAGCCACGUACCGUUCUUUUCUACGGACGCUGGUAUCACCCCUUGGCGCCCAUAGCGGUUAUAGAUCUGGUCACUCUCAUAAUCUCGCCGAUAGGCUACACAUGAUCUACGAAGUCGAUCCAAUGACCCACGAAGGAUGGGUAAAAGAAGAAGAAAAAAUCAAAAAGAUGAAUACCAACACUGCUAUGCUCUACGUCAGGGUAAUCGAAGCAAAAGCUUUGCCAUCAUUAAAUGGACAUGUGACAACAGCCCCCUACUGCCUCCUGAGUGUUGUCAGGCCCCACAAGAGUAAUAAAGGAACGCCGUCUAGCUCUCCUCGUCUUCCCAUCAGACAGAAGAAAAACUCUUCCUUCGAGCUGGCUGACGUAAAGAAAACAAAGACGGCAAAGAAAACAUCUGAACCAAUGUGGAAUGAAGAGUUUGAAAUAGAUGUCCAAGAUCUUGCCUCAGAGGUGCUAGAAGUGUACGUCUCCUCUAGUGAGGGGAGCACAUUGUCAUUGGCAACGAACAGUAAAUUCCACCAGGAUCCGUCCCGACUCCAUAGCAUGUUCAAACACGUUAAACAUGCACUGGAGCAUGGGAAAUCACAAGACUGCGAUGUGCUAGGGAGUGUCAAGAUACCAUUAAAGGAAAUAUUGGCAGUCGGCACAACGUCCUGGUAUGAUCUCACCACAAAGCAUAAAUCAAAUAAAAAAGGUGGAAAAAUACAACUUCAGCUUCAGCUUAGAUACAGUAAGGAGGAUGCGGAAAGCGAACAGGACUGCCAUCAAGUGUUGUUAGACCAGUAUCACAGUGCCAUGGCCAAGUUCCACCAAAAAGCUGCUAAAAAGGCAGAGGUCAAUUUCAAUGAUUAUGACGGGAAACUCUCGCCGGAAGUCGACCUGAUUCUGGACUACUUCUCUGUUCCACAUGAGAUAUCAAAUGUCAGCAAGCAGCUAUUGAAAGUUGUCUGCUUGAUCCAGAUGGCGAUUGAUGAGAAUGACCUGACAGUCAAGAAGGAUGCAUUACACGAAGCAAUAACGAAUUUCGAGUCCGCAUGGUGCUCCAGUCAGUUGGACAUGCCGAGAGGGGGCGAAGCCUCGGGCGGGUGCCCUGGGGCAGAUCUAUCCGACCACGAGAUAAGUCUGUUGGAAGAAGCAACAAAUAACUAUAUUCGCCAUCUAGCAAGAGGUGUUGAAGAUAUUCCUCUCCUAUUCCCUCCAAGCCAGAACUAUCUGGAGCAAUUUUCAAAUAAAUUUGAUAUUGCUUCCCGGUUAUGCAAUAUCCAAACUGGCCAGGAUUGGGAACCGUUGUCGAAAAAGAUUUUGGUAACGCAUGUGACGGAGAGAAUACAGUCUGACGUCAAAGAAUGGCUGGGAGCCCAACUGGACACAGUCAGUAACAUUUCCAAUGUCCGGGAUGCGGUGAUCCCUCAGACCAGGCAGCUGCUGAAAGUGAUAAGCGAGGUGACCGAAGCUUGCAGUCCGGGCCACGGCUAUUCGCAGGUGUUCAGUAAAUUUGACGUGGACUUCUUCAAGAUUGUUUCACUGACUUUGGACGGGAAGCUUUGUGCCACUACUCAAGAACUAAUGAUCUCAAUGGACAAGUAUCAGACUCGUUAUCACAAGAUUCACGUAAACAUCCAGCAGAGUUGUACUCUAUCUCUCAAACUCUACGUCAGCCUUAGAAAAAUUUAUCUUCAAUUGAAGCAAAACGUCACAGAAAGACAAGUGUUCAAGCUCUCCCUGACCAAGUUUUACAUGUGGUUCGGCGAUGCCCUCAUCUUCUGGCUUCAAAUGUUCAGGAAGGAAUCUAUCCGCAGAAUGGAGAAAGCUCUUGAAAUUGACAAAGACGUUGUCCAGGUCACAGAACUGGUGAAAUUUUCAAACUCAUCUGUUGAUGUGCUCCACAGCUUCUCGCAGAUCAUCAAUGAGUGGAAGCAGAUAGAAUAUGUGAGUCCGGACACGAACCUGAUGGGCGUCACAAAACUAACAGAUACUAUCUGUGACGGAACAAGAAUCUACACCGCCAAAAUCAGAACAAUCUUAGAAAAAAAUGGUUACUACGACAGAUCCAACGACCAAUUUGAUGUGACAACACGUCUUUGCAUCACCCUAAACAACAUUGAGCACGUGCGGCAGUUCCUGGACGAUCUCCCUCGUCUGCUUCAAUGGGAGGACGUAGCUGAACAGAUUUCCAUAGCCCACGAGGAGGAAGAGGUCGGAAGGCGUGCCUUGAUCACUUUGUCCGAGUUGGUCAAGGACGCCAACAACGAUGUGAAGAUGCAGAGUUGUUUGCUACUGCGGGAGGUGACCAGUAGAAUGAGCGUGGACAUCAGUAAAUAUACUGAACUCUACACGCAGACACAACCAGAGAAGAUGAAUUCUAUUGAUCCUCUCCUUGAGUAUUUUGAGAACAACCUCGGAACUGUCAACAAGAAACUUUUUGACGCUAUCAUGGUACCAAUGUUUGAAGAACUUUGGAAGACAACAUUACAAUGUUUAGAGGAAAAGCUUCUUAAAGGGCGUCCAACAGAGUACUACAUGUGCAUGCAGAGCCGGCUAGCCAGUUUGAAGUCCUACUUCAUCCGGGCUGGGGUUUGCGAAGAGGCCCUCUCCACGCUCAUGUACAGGGAGAUCAUAGAGCUGCUUCAGCUGAAUGCAAUGGAAACCGAGGAGCUUGUGCUUGACUACUACGAACGAUUGUCAUCCGUUGAAAAUAUGAUGACUCCUCUGGAUUACUUUGGUCACAUAUUCGUCAAACUUGCCUACAUGGAAGAGACGCGAGGAGAUGUCACCAUAUACGUUAAAAUAAUCUCAGCCACAGACCUGCCUGGCCUUGACUUGAGCGGCCUGAGCGACCCCUACGUGAAGUUCCGCUUGGUACCAUCAUUGUUGUUCCCGUUCUCGCAGGAGCAAAAAACCGAAGUUGAGUAUCAGACACUUGACCCAGAGUUUCAUCAAACAUUCCACAUACCAAACGUGCCAAAAGAUUUUCUCAAAAAGAAAGGCAGUGCCAUCCAAUUCAUAAUAAUGGACCACGACAGGCUGACGAAGGACGACUUCGCCGGUGAAUGUUUCGUUGACCUCUCCUCGAUCAAGUCCAUGAAUGGUUUCCAAACUGUGGACGGAAUGCCCUCCGUGAUGGUGCCACUCAAGCGACCGACCAACGCGACGCAGCCAAAGUCUUUCUGGAUAGCUCAGGAUCGUUCUGCUUGGGACAAGGAAGCUAAAGCGUUCAUUGCAAGCCGGAAAGAGCUCAUAGACAACCAGCCCAGACGAACGGACAAACAAUUACCUGAACCAAAAACAAGCAUUUUCUCGAAAAUUUGUGAUGCUUUAAAAUCAGCUAAAAGUAAGCUAACUUUGUGCAGUGAGGACCCGACAAUAGACGACUCCAUUGACCAAACGGAUGGUACUUCUUCAAUGGAAAGUGACCCAUUGGUGCUAAAAACAAAUGUAGGUUCACGCUCAUGGCGGUCGGAUCGGCCCCCUACGCCAAAGUUAAAGCAUCAGGCGCAGAGCCUGCCAGUAAUGGAGUCGGUGCGAGUAAAACGUGAUGAGAAACCAAGGAGUUUAAGCUUUGACAAUGCUUCACAGCGGUACCGCAAAUACCAACCUAACCCGUUCCGGUUUCCUCCGCCGUCGAAUAGCCUUUACGGCAGACGGAGAACUGCAUCUGACGUAGUGAAUCCGUUCACCUUUAGCCAUGCUACAUGUAGACCUAUUACGGACACAAAUGACAAUGUUGCGCCGGUUAUUCCGUGGAAUCAGGAUGAUGCGGGCGCAUGGGAUGGUUAUAUUGGCGGCAUCAUUCCGGAGGAACAAGAACCCAUCAUUGAGCAAGAAUCGCCACGGAGGUUCUCCGACCCCGGGGGUGUGCCGCUCACACCAAAGUUUCGGCAGGCGAGGCAGGUGUCAGACCCAGGAAUCACGUCGUCUUCCAUUGGUUCGCGGAAGACAUCAGUCGAGUCGUCAUUGACAACGCCAACAAUCAAGGAGGAGGAUUGAAAACUAUCUCAAACAAUAACCAACUGUAUACUUAAAACUAUUCUGUGAGUUGUGCUUCUACUUCUAGCAUCGUUGUCUAGGAGAAUAAGAGAGAAAACUGUUUUUGAAUCAUGGAUUUUUAUAUUUAUAGCCAUUAGUAUCAUCUCUCUGUUGUAAAUAAUGACAAAAGCAGUAAAUCUGUUAGCUUAAUUCGAUGGACAACGGUCUAUUAUUACAAAACUCAUCAUUGUUACGCAAGUAAAAUGUAACCCUUCAAUUUUGGUCUCAGUUUUUGGCGAAUAUUGAUUCGACUGAUGGUGACUGGUAGUUGAUUCUGACAGCAUCAAUCAAAGCCACGAGAUGCCGACCACAACAUUUUAAUGCUGGAUUUAUGAAGUCAUUAAAAUAUGGAGGAUUCGUGAAGUACAUCAGCAGUUAUUGAAAUAAAUGCUGAUCUGCUGAUGUACUUCACGAAUCUUCCAUUUUGAGUUUUGAAACUGAGCUGCACCUGAUAAAGUAAAGAUGUAUAAAGUAAUUAUUCUAGAAUGAAAAACAGGACAGAAAAUAACUGGAUUUUUUUCCUGUGCACUUUAAUCUCUCAGUUGUGAUCAUAAUUUCAGUAUGCUAAUAUUUGUAAUUGGAUGAAAAUUGACAAAUGUGCAAAUGUUAUCAUUCCAAUUUCAAUGUGUAUGUGUUAUGUAAUGUGCUGGUCACAAUCUUUGGGCAUUUUUUGUACAUAUUCAUUAUAAGUGUAUGUAAGAUACAUGCUAAUGUAAAUUUUAUAUAAUAAACUGAGGUGCUAUUA